AUUCUAUAGAUAUGCUCUUUAAAUUACCUCAUCAAAUGGGGAAAUCUUUAUUAUGGGUUGUGAUUUUGCUGAUUGCGGUGAACGCUUGGGGCUCUUCAGGGUGUUUGGAAGAAGAGAGGAUUGCACUGUUACAAGUGAAAGCCCAUAUGAAGUAUUACGCACUUGGAAAGUCUUUAACUUCAUGGGCAAAUGAUACUAAAAGCGACUGUUGUAAAUGGUACAUGGUGACGUGUAACAAUACCACAAAGAGAGUGACUAAUCUCGAGCUUUCUUGGAUAGUGGAUAGAAAUGGUGGGGGUUGGUAUAUCAAUGCGUCAGUGUUUCUCCCAUUCAAACAACUCAUUACUCUAGACUUGAUAGGGAAUCAAUUGGCAGGUGUAGUUGAAAAUGGAGGUUUUGAUAAGCUAUCAAAGCUUCACAAUUUGGAAAUGAUUGAUCUAAGCUAUAAUCAAUUGAAUCGAAGUAUUUUGUCUUCUCUCAGUCAUCUUUCAUCUCUCAAGAAUCUCACUUUAGAUUCAAACCCGUUGAAUUCACCUCCUAAUAGUUCAGGUCAUGAAACGCUCUCAAGAUUAAGCAAUUUAGAGCUUCUCAGGAUUACAACGAUCCAUAUGGAAGAUACCAACGUCUUAUCGGUCUUGAAUUUAAAAGACUUCAUCAAUCUGAAGAUGCUAGUCAUAGAUCACAACAAUUACCAAAGCUUUGGACCAUUUAACGAAGGAGAAGAACCUAAGAAAUUGGAGAGCUUGAAUUUGCAAUCUAACAGAUUUAAUAACAGCAUAUUCAAGUCGCUUAAAGGACUUCCUUCACUCAAGAUUUUAGAUCUGAGUAUAAAUGAUUUUCACGGGCCACUACCUAUACAAGACAUAAAUGCAUUGAGCAGUUUGGAGGUCUUAGAUUUGAGCCAAAACUUUAUCGAGGGCUUCGAGACAUCUAUAAGCCUUACAGGAGUAUCAGGCAGGAUUACAAACAACAGCCAUCUUCAAUUGCGUUUAAAUUCCAUAUUUUGUAACAUGACUAAGUUAUUACAAGCUUUGGCAGCGUUCCAAGCUGUUAAAAGCCUUGAAUUACAGGGUAACAACAUUACAACCAUUGAUGAAAUUCAUGCAUUGAAGAAUCUGAGCAAUCUAGAAGACUUGUUUCUUGGAUCCUAUUUCCUACCAAACACUUUCCUGCACAAAGAUUUCCUUCAAAGCAUUGGCCCAAUGAAUUCACUCAAAGUAUUAUCAGUGCGUCUUGUCUCAUUUCUAUGAUUACAGGAGGUUGGUGUGAACUAAGGAAUCUCAAAGAGCUCCGUUUAAGUGAAAUUCAAUUGGAGGGAAUGCUUCCACUAUGUUUGAGAAAUUUAACAUCUCUUCGAUUGAUUGAUCUCUCUCAAAACAUGCUUAUUG